UAAAUUAGUGAGGUUAUGUUAUGCAUAACAAAAAAUACGUAAUUUUAAUUAAUUAUAGUUGAAAAUUUAACUCCUCACUCCUUUUUUUAAAAAAAGUAAAUUUUCUAAAAAAUUACCCAUUACGUAUUAUUUACGAUCUGAAUUUAUUUACAAUUAAUUACGCUCAAAUGACGAAAUAUGUCUGUAUUAUGAUAAAUGACAUUAUUUGACAUAAUAUAUAUAUAUAUUAGAUCGAAUUAGAUCUUUUGUUCGAAAAUGGAUAAUUCUUUAGAAGAUGCAUUAGAGGCAGCUCGAUUAGCAGUAGAAUAUGAUAUUAAUGAACAAUAUAAGCAAGCUAUUUAUUAUUAUGCAGCUGCAGUGAAAAUUUUAGAAAAAAUUCAAAAUCCAAAUCUUUCAGUGAAAAUUGAUGAAUAUCAAAAAAGAAUAAAUGCAUUGCAACAAAUUAUUUUUGAAGAAGAAAAAGAUUCUUCUUCUGAUCAAUUAGAUGAAUGUGAAUUGGAAAAAUGUAAAUUACUUUUAAAUCAAGCACUUGACGCUGAUGAAGCAGGUGACAGUGAAAGUGCUUUAAAACUUUAUACCGAAGCCGCUGAAAUUGGAAUUAAUGCCAAACCAACGAAUUUGGAGAUAAAAGCAAAAUUAACAAAUCUUGUACGAUCAGCACUUGAUAGAGCUGAAGCAAUAAAAGGUAUAAAUAGGAAAAAAUCUGAAACAACUAUUUUAAAUUUGCCCUCAGUUCCGGAAACUGAUUUACCAAAUGACAUAGAUGAAUUACCUAGUGAAACACCAUCUCCAAAUACAACGGAAUCUACUCCAGUUAGUCGUUCGAAGCCAACUUUACAUCGUGGUGAUAGUGCACAUCUUAAAGUUGUUGGCGGAAAUGUUGAAUAUAGUGAUGAAGAAAAAAAAGUAUUACUCCAUAGCUCACACAUUAAUGAUAAUGAAUUUGUGCCUUUUAUGAAUAUUGAUUUAACUGAACGAUUUAAAUAUCCAAUUCCAUUUACGGAUAAGGAUGGACUUUUGGAAUUAGCACCAAAACAAAAGCCCGAUUUUGCCCGUUGGUGUCGACCCGAAGAACUUUUUUCUGAGCCCAAAAUGAUUAUUGGAAAUCAUAUUGAUUAUUACAGUAUAAAACAAACAGUCGUUUCUGAUUGUUCAUUCGUUGCUUCCCUGGCGGUAAGUGCACAAUAUGAAAGAAAAUUUGGCCGCAAACUUGUCACAGAAAUUAUUUAUCCAAGAAAUCGGGAUAAAACGCCGAUUUACAAUCCUUUCGGAAAAUAUAUGAUAAAAUUACAUAUCAAUGGAAUUCCAAGAAAAGUUAUAAUAGACGAUUAUUUACCAGUGAGUAGACAUAAUCAUCUACUUUGUUCCUAUUCGAAUAAAAGAGGAGAACUUUGGAUUUCAUUACUUGAAAAGGCAUAUAUGAAAGUUAUGGGUGGUUACGAUUUUCCUGGUUCAAAUAGUAAUAUUGAUUUACACGCUUUAACUGGAUGGAUUCCGGAAAGAUGGGCAAUUAGAUUAAACGAACCGGACUUCAAUAAGGAUCAUUUGUUUGAUACAUUAUUUUUAAAAUUACAUAGAGGCGAUAUUUUAGUAACUGUAGCCACCGGUGAAUUAUCAGACGCUGAAGCUGAUCGAACUGGACUUGUUCCAACUCACGCCUAUGCAGUUCUUGAUGUUAGAAAAAUAAAUGGUGAAACAAGAUUGUUACAAUUGAAAAAUCCCUGGUCACAUUUGAGAUGGAAGGGAAAUUAUUCUGAACUCGAUAAAACACAUUGGACAAGUUCAUUGCAGGAGGCAUUAAAUUAUGAUCCCGAUUCUGCAUCUCAAUUUGAUAAUGGCAUUUUUUGGAUUGAUUACGACAGUAUUUGUCGCUUUUUCGAUGUUUUUUAUAUUAAUUGGAAUCCAGGAUUAUUUAAAUAUACGUAUUGCAUUCAUCAAAUGUGGAGAGCUGGAAUUGGUCCAGUUCGCGAUGCCUACAAUAUUGGAGAUAAUCCACAAUUUUCAUUAGAGGUGCAACCUAAUGCUCAGGGAGCAGUUUGGAUUCUUCUCACUCGACAUAUUACCGAUAUUGCCGAUUUUCGACAAAAUCAAGAAUAUAUUUCAGUUUUGGUUUAUAAAAAUUCUGGCAAAAGAGUUUACUAUCCUCAUGAUCCUCCGCCAUAUAUUGAUGGUGUUCGUAUCAACAGUCCACAUUAUCUUUGUAAAAUAAAAUUGGGACCCAAUAGCGAUAGUAAAUAUACUUUAGUAAUUUCACAAUAUGAAAAAACUAAUACUAUUUAUUAUACUCUACGCGCAUAUGGAACGUGUCCUUUUAAAUUGCGAAAAAUUGCCGAUCCUUAUAGGCACAUAAAAGAGAUAACUGAUGGACAAUGGAAAGGCGUGACCGCUGGAGGAUGUGGAAAUCAUCCGGCUACUUAUCAAAAUAAUCCUCGUUAUCAAUUGCAAUUAGAUAGUUCGCACAAUAAUAAUUAUUUACUUAUUAUUUUGAAAGGUCCAAAACAAUAUCAAAUAGGAUUUGAAAUUAUUUCUGUCGCUCUCAACGAUUCCGAAUCACCUUCAGCUUUCAAUUCAAAAAGUUCUGGUCUUUUCAGAUGCGGUUUUGUUUAUUUGGAAUUGGACGAUGUUCCAUCGGGUACGUAUAAUAUUAUUCCUUCGACUUAUUUACCAGAUCAAGAAGGACCUUUUUUCUUAACAUGUAAAUCUUCAUGUAACAUACAACUUCAACGGAUUCAAUAAAAUUUUUUUUUUUUUUUUUUUAAUUUGAGUGAGAUAUGAGCUUCGCUAAUGCUAUUAAUAACUUUAUACCACUAAUUGACCUCAUAAAAAAAAUGUUAAAACUUUUUUUAGAGAGUUUUUAUCAAUGUUUAUGCUAUAUGCGAUUCUCUUUUAAUAUAACACAAAACGAAAAAUUUCCUAUUAAUUUUACAAUAAAAAUACACUCAAAAA